CAUGUCCUUCCUCAAGAAACUCAGAAAAGCCAUCUCUCGCGAUGCUAUUCGCGGACAGCCUCCUGAGAAAAAGUUCCUCACUGAGCAGGAUUUACAUCAGGGACUUCAGUAUCUCGGAGAUUAUAUCACUGAUAAACGACAGCGUACGGGAAUUCGGGCCCCUCUUCAGAUCGUUGUCGCUGGCGGGGCGUGCUCUGUCUUAGUCCUUCGGAAUCGCUCCACGACUAAGGAUGUUGACUACUUCACCCACAACCCUGACGAGAUUAGCCACGGGAAAAAUUAUGUCAUUAAGAAGCCUUCCUUCCCGUCUAAUUGGAUCAACGCAGACAUGAUUGCCUAUGUCAACAACCACGACGGAUGCGAGACUUUAUUUGACGACUCCUUGGCUCAAGGGGAUAUCAUCUGCAACUUCAGUGGUUUGAUUCUGUACGCCGCUGAUUGGAAGUUUCAGUUGGUCAACAAAGCAUCCAAAGCGCCUGAUGAGAGAUAUCACAUAUCUGAACACUAUAAGAGAGAGGCUAAAAAGCUCGAAAUACCUUCGAACCAUCCUCCUUUGGCUCCUAGCUUUCCGGCCUA